AUGUGGGACUACUACGCAGGAAAGUCGAUCCUGAUCACAGGAGCCAGCGGCUUCCUCGGAACAGCACUCGUUCACCGUAUUCUUUCCCAGGCUCCCGGUUCCCAUUUGUACUUGAUUUGCAGAAGCGGACCGGCAGUCAUAGAGGAACAAUGGAGACAACAUCUUGCUCCGAAAUUGAUCGAGAUCUUGUACGAUCCUCAAACUGUCACUCUGCUGCAAGGAGAUAUCACACUGCCGCAGAUGGGGCUUAGCGAUGAAACAGCAAGCAUGAUCCAAAGUCGAGUCGACAUCAUCAUCCACGCCGCCUCUACCAUCAAUCUAGCACAACCCCUCCACCGCAUUUCCGAUCCAAUCAUAGCCGCCAGCGUGAAAAUGGCCGACUUCGCCAUGCAAUGCAAGCAGCUGCAACGCUUCGUUUACGUCUCAACGGCAUACACCAACUCAUUCCUCAGUGCAGAAACCGACCAGGUCGACGUCCACAUCGACGAGGCAAUGUACACACUGGCCAAGGGCCACAACGGAGACGCGUGGGACGAAUGGGCUGAGAUCCAGCAGGACGGGUCCAGCGAGGAGUUCAGACGACACGAUUUCCCCUGGCAUUAUGCAUAUGCGAAGCAUCUCACCGAGCGUCUCCUUCUUCGCAUCUUCACAGACGCGAACCAAGCCGAGAAGCUGCUUAUCCUACGCCCCUCAAUCGUAUCUCCCGCACAGACGUUUCCCUACAAAGCAUACUGCAUGCCAUUCUCCACCCCGGGCGUCAUGAUAACAGCCGGGGUCCUGCUCUGUCCGUCUAGGCGUUUACUCAUGUCCUCCAAGGCCGAAGACCCCAACACCCAGGCCACCAUCGACGAAGUCCCCGUAGAUGUAGUUGUAGACCGACUCCUCGCCCAUCUGGCGGCGGGCUCGCACGGACCGGUCCAUGCCGUCAGCGGCAAGAACGCGCGUUUCACCAUCGAUACCUACUGGAGCGAAGCAAUGAGAUAUCGCCAACUUCCGUGGUCGAUGCAGCCCGCAUGGACGAAGGCCAACUGGCACUCGCGGAUAUUGCACCGACUUGCACGCAUAUACGUGAUCUUUGGCACCUCUUAUGACUUUGACGAUGCCAAGACUAUCGACUUAUGGGAACGCCUGGAGAUGGAGCAUCGGGCGGGACUGGAGCUGUUCACAAGGGGUUACGGGAAAGAUUAUGAGAUCGGAUCGCGCAUGCAUCACGUGCUGUCUGUCAUGAACAGGCUGAGCAGGCGGCAUUGGCUCGUGUGGAUAUUGCUUUGGUUGUUUUAUACCUCGUCGGCUCUAUCUUCAACCUGAACCGGCUGGUUGUCCCCACUGCCAGUGGAUCGAUGGCGGUUGAUCCCGGCUGGCGGCCCGAGCCAGGAAGGGUACGUGUGGUACAGCCGGGGCCACUUCUUUCAUAACCGGCUAUAGAGGUUAGCGCUAUAGUAAAUUUAUU